UAGUUUUACUUUGACGUCGUCGGUUCGCGGAUCGAACGGAGCUUUACGUGUGCGCAUCUUUAACUACGUUCGGCAUUCACCUGCCCUGGGCUAGUUGGGUGUGUUGUCAUUCUUUAUUCUUUCGCUCGAAAUAAUUGCAGAGGCGUCAUCAGUUUUGCUUUGAGUCGAGUGACGCCAACCUGGUGCUAGUAAUUCCGCACGGGAGCUGGUAGUUAGAUCAAAGGUCGAUGUGCUUGGUGUUGUGUGUUUAACCGCCCGUGUCCAACCGGUCUUCGUCAUCGCCGCCGUCGGUUUUCGAUUCUGUGCCUUCGUGUGCCAAUAAGAUUUGUUUCCGGUAGUGUUUUUUGGGUUCUGCUUGUAUCGGAAACCCGGCAACAGCCGUGAGGAAGAUAAGUCAACAAAGCUGACGUAAAAAGCGAUGAGACUAGUGUCUGACAUCUAUAAUGAGAAUAUUGAACCGUCACUAGGAGGAAUCACAAAGCCAAUAAUACCACACUACGUUACCGUUGAGAGCCUGAAGCCCUGGGGUGCCAAGGAGAGCAGUCAAGGAAGCCGUCCACGACCUGCCGACUACAGCCAAAUCCACAACGCCGAGGGACCUCGGCACGACGCCUGUCCGUUCCCGUGUGAUGAGCAGAUCAAUCAGCGAUUUGUAAUCUGGCAAGGUGACAUUUCGCUGCUGGCCGUCGAUGCGAUAACUAAUACCACCGAUGAAACACUAACCGAGAAGAAUCGGAUUUCCAAGAAGAUUUUCGGACGAGCCGGUGCCGCUCUAACCUCCGCUGUGGUGCACGACGUCGGAAGAUGCAAAACCGGUGAAGUUUGUGUUACACCAGGAUUCUUUCUGCCUGCGAAGUACAUCAUCCACACCGUUGGACCUAUCUACAGUGAGAAAUACCGCUCAGCGUCCGAGAACACGCUACAUUCCUGUUAUAGAAACGUUUUGUACAAAGCGAAGGAGCUAGGAUUAAGAACUGUUGCUUUAUGUGAUAUUAGCUCAGUGCAGAGAAAUUUCCCACCAGACACUGCUGCACACAUAGCACUAAGAACCAUCCGCCGCUUUCUGGAGCAAUACCGCGCCGAGAUUGUGAUAGCCUGCCUUGAACCGAAUGAGCGCGGGAUCUACGAAGUAUUAGCGCCGCUCUACUUCCCACGCGACCCGCUCGAGGAACGAAGUGCCCUGUGGCAGCUGCCGAAGGACGUCGGCGGCGCGUAUGGUGAACCGCAGCUAGCCGAUCGCCAGAUCCGCAUCAUUCACAAUCCGCAGCACUCCGUCAUGAUCGAAGCUGACGACGAGUCCGACACCAGUCCGCACGAUUUGGAGAUGGGUUCCGAUGUGGAGUAUAACAACAUCAAUCUCAGCUUGGCCACCCACCUGACCGGGGGUACGCACUCGUUCACACACAUGCAGGGGGACCUCGACCGCCAGCGACUCUUAGGUGAUCGACCUCGAAUGGUGUACGAAAGCGUACUCGACGAAGGACUAGAAGGACUCGAACACCAAGAAAGUUCACCAUUACUGGUGGAUUGCGAAACCACCGAAACGUACUGCCCGGAUGCGAUCGGCCACGUCCUGGCAACGCACAUUGGCAAACGGACCCGCAUUCUGGAUGGGUCCUUUACCUAUGUCGAGCUGAUGAAGCACUACAGCUCUUCGCUCGAUCUCGACCCCGAGUGGCACAAGGAGAAUCUAUAUGAAAGGUUGCUUCGCAGAGCGAAAUCGGAAGACCUGUCGGAGGUGUCCGGAAUUGGAUGUCUGUACCAGAGUGGAGUCGAUCGAUUGGGCCGACCGGUGGUCGUGUUCUGUGGCAAAUGGUUCCCCGCUCAAAAUAUCGAUUUGGAAAAGGCCUUGCUCUAUCUGAUAUACCUGUUGGAUCCCAUCGUGAAGGGCGACUACGUGAUUGCUUAUUUCCACACCCUCACCAGCUCCAACAACUACCCGUCGCUGCAUUGGCUGAAAGACGUCUACAGCAUAUUGCCGUACAAAUACAAGAAGAACCUGAAGGCAUUCUACAUCGUGCACCCGACGUUCUGGACCAAGAUGAUGACCUGGUGGUUUACGACCUUCAUGGCCCCGGCCAUCAAAACGAAGGUUCACUCGUUGCCCGGAGUCGAGCACCUGUACUCCGCCAUCACCAAGGAUCAGCUGGAAAUCCCGGCCUACAUCACCGAGUACGAUAUGGCGACAAAUGGAAUCCACUACUUCCAACCGGUCACCAACACUUCGUCGCCUGCGUCCUAAAGGAAAAGAAUGUUUCCACCGAAUACAAUCAUCCCACUCCUCAGCGACAUUCGAGAAGUUCACCUCACCCUCACAAUCACUUACUCGUAAACCUUUCCCUUAACCCGUUUCCUUCAAGUUAUCGUUACGUGUAAAUUGCGCAGAGCACUAAACUUACAUUCUAUGCAAAACAUUUCAGCGUACUAAGUCUCAUCUUCUUUGUUAACAACAGUUGUACAUAAUGUGUGUGUAUGAGUGUGCAUUGAUCAAUCAUCCUCAAACCAAAAAUCGAGAUUAUUCUCAAACUGUUCUAAACGAAACAAAUGAUGAAAUCUUUCUGCUUCCUUUCCACCGGUUCAAUACGAAGGAGGACUUAUGUACUAUCGUUGCACACACAAGAAUACAAAAAUUUAGACCUAAUGAAGCAAGUGGUCAGAGGGAGUCUUGCAAAACAAUCUAAUUAGGCGAAUGGUAGGAGCUGAAGGCGACGGAAACUUGUAGCUAACAUAAAUAAGAGAUAUACUAUUCUUAACGUUUUACGGAGCAAACUGAUUAUAAACAAAAAAGGUAUAUACAAAUAAACAUAAAGCAUAGCAUCUUAUUUGCUAUAGGAAUAAAUCAAGGGUUAAAUAACAAAUAAAGGAUUCAAACCAAACAACACACAUAACUUUGUUACAGAGUUAAAGAGAGUAUUUAAAAAUCGAGUAGAAGGGCGGUUGACGUACAAACCAAAAUGUUAUUUAGAUGAGGACCCGCCCCAUGCCAGAGCAUUAGAAGCCAGAAGCUAGCAGAACCGAAAACAGCAUCAGCAAAAACUUCAAAUACCAGACAAACAAUAUCGUAGAGGAAACUAAUGCUGCUAUGCGGCUUUCUUGUAGUGCAGCGAGCUUAAUUUAGUCACGAGCAGCAUAUUCCUCCGUUGCGGCGCGCUUAUGAAGGCAAAUACACAGCCAGCGGCAAACCAUAUUUAUCUUGAAUACUACACCGCAUCACACACACAAACACAGCAGCAGGCCGAAAGACAAAUCCCCCCCGUUAAUAAUACCAGAAAGCACCACCCAGUUUUUUGAGGCAUCUUAGUAUGUAGGUAGAAGAAGUCCCUCCUCCUCCGUGUCCGGAGAUGAUGAGAGGGCAGCAGGAGCAGGACCCGAAGCAAACGAAUCCUAGAGCAAAACACAACGUGGCGACACGACGGUUAUUUGUGAGAUAUACAUACGCAUAAGGCAGAGACAGUUGAGAGUGGGAACAGGAGUCGAACCCUUAAACUACGAAGCAAUUUCUUGAAAAGAAACCAUUUUUUAGAAGAAGUCAUUCAGUAAGUUUGUUGUUAAAGCUAAUUCGCAGAAAGGAGGAGGGUAGUGCGAAAUUGAAUUUAAGGGAAGAAGAGAAACUCAAUCGACGAUGUAGGUUAGGACGCGUACACGGGAGGAAAAAUGUCUUCGAUUUUUUAUUGACGAUUCGAUUGAACUCAGAAGGGCAGAAAGUACUAGGCAUUAUGGUUGACUGUUACCUGCGUAUGUUCAUGAGUUGUGUAAAAUAAGCUGGCGACAAUUUUUGAAUCCGAUGUUACACAGUUGCAAAUAUGAAUAUAGACCUAAUUGAAGUAAUUGACAUAAAAAACACAUGACGAAAACUGAUUUAACAAUUUUAUGCAGUCAACUUGAACCAAAACACAGCAACCGGCACGUCGAUCCUGUGAAAUGACAAUUGGCUCUCCUUCGCAUAAUCAAGAAAGGGUGAUAGAGGUGAUACGGCGAGGGACGCUCACACAACAGUUCAAUGUUCGAUUCUCUACAUUUCUAUGUGAUUUUAGUUCCGAUGAUCCAGUAUUUUAAAAUAUAGAUUUGACAAUAUUGCACCCAAAAAGAGAUGCUAGUAGAUGCCGUUUUCUGAGCAACUUAAAUAGUCUAACAUAUUCUGAGUGUGUACUAUGCAGAAGCUGAUUCGUAUUUUCCAAAAUUGUUUUUUUUUAGGAAGUAUCUCAUUAAAUAAGUGAGAUCUAAAUCACUGGAACCCAUAAAAUAUUACUAAUCUUUUGAAUAGGUUUCUAGGAGAGCUUUGAAAUAGUCUUCACAUGUUUUUGACGUUUAUUGUAGAUGAAUCCUGUUGUUAUGAUUAUAUGCAUUUUAUUUUAUUAAAGCUAUAUCGCACUUUGAAAUAAGGAAACCUAUAACAGGUGACAUUCUUCUUUUAUGACUUACCAUCUUUUUGAAUAAUAUUGAUUAUUGCCAUUAUUUAAAAUAUUGGUAAUCAGUGGUUGGUUUAUCUCAAACGUUUUUAACAAAUACCAAACAGCGUUUCUCAAUUCAUGAACAUUCGGGUAGCAGUCACCAGAAGCGAAUGCAAUACAUAUUCCGUGUCGCCAUGAUCGCAACGUCGCAGCAGUAAAACCCAAUUUGUCUUUCUCGAAACCGUUGUUCUGUUGACGUUGUUUGAAGAAAACCGAAAACGAAGAAAAAGAAAACCUAUAUAACCAAAUAGAGCCAAAAAAGUGGAAGAGAGAAAGAGAACCCCGCGAAAAAGUUCGACACAAUGAAUCGCAAACCAAAAUUCUAACUAGGCUACAGCGCAAACAAAAAAGCAAACGUCACAUGAGACGAUUUACACCCCAAAGAUGAUAAUUACUAUUCUAGAGAGAAGUGCUAAUUCGAAUUUCUGUUUUUCGAUCAGUGGUUGAAUUCUAAUGUUCGUAGGGUAUAUGAACUCAUACUUUCCGGCGUAGCACGCCCAGUAACUCUCGAUCGCUUUUACUAAUAGAAGAGAGUGGUAACACAGAUGAUACACACGCGUAAGCAAAGCAGAACAGAGCAGAAUAUUAUCUUUAAAUGUUUUCCUCGAACUUUUUCGUCUCUGUGUUACAUCUUGAAAAGACUUGUUUAAAUUUUAGGAGAUUAUAGGUUUAAACUUAAGCCAAGCAGCCAAUGCUUUAAUUAUCGUUAAUUAUUCUAUUAUGUACUAUUGCCUAUUAGUCUUGCUACCCGGUAGUGGGGCAGCAAACAUUAACAAACUAAAAGCAAACAAAUAAGAAACCGCGCAGGUAGAUUAAAAGUUCUAAACUUGUAAAGUUCACACCAGAAACACCCAAGCAAAAGAGCCUGUUUUUCUAUUAUUUCGAACUGAUCGAAACGGUAGUCGAGUAAUUGUUGCCAACCGAAUACAUUUAACACAAAGGAAAAUUGAAAUCAUGUUGUAAAAUAUUGUUGAACAAUUAUUUAGUGACAAGUAAGAUCAAGAGAUACAAUUCAAGUACUUAAUAAGGAAGCAUAGCAAAAAAAAACUAAUGCAAGGGACUGGAAAUCGAUCGAAGAACAGGAACAGCAACCUACAAUAAGGAUAAUUCGGAGCGCGGAUUAUGGCCAAGAAGCAGUUGUAAGAUUAUGUAGACGUGAUUGAUUAGUUUGGUAAGAGAUACAGUUUCAAGCAAGUCGAUAUUAUUCUGAUUUCGGUAAAUAAAGCGAACAUUUGUUUUUGAAACGAGCCAAAA